CCUUCCAGCCCUAGCCGUACCCUUGUCCCAGCGCCGCCACCUCGCGCUCGCCUUCGCCCCUCUCUCACCUCCAACGCGAGAGCGCCCAAAGCCACCGCGUCUGCAAGAUGGUACUGCAGAACGACAUCGACCUGCUCAACCCGCCGGCGGACCUCGAGAAGCUCAAGCACAAGAAGAAGCGCCUCGUCCAGUCUCCCAACUCUUUCUUCAUGGACGUCAAGUGCCAGGGCUGCUUCAACAUAACCACUGUGUUCAGCCACUCGCAGACUGUGGUGGUGUGCCCAGGCUGCCAAACCGUACUCUGCCAACCUACAGGGGGGAAAGCUAGGCUCACGGAGGGCUGCUCCUUCCGACGGAAGGGUGACUAGAUCCUGUCGGGAAAAUGAUUUUCUGCCGAGCCUCUGUUUACCUUUCCAGGAUAUGUACUGGUUGAGAAUUUUGUUAAUUAUGCCUGUUUAGCGUCCUGAACGUGUAAACCAACACUUUGUGUCAGUAAUCUACUAAGUGUUCUGGGUUACCCCUAAUCUUUGUUUAAUUUUGUCGAGAGUUAAUCCCUGACAAUAAUUUUAAGUGAAGGGUGUUGGUGUUUCA